AUUAUGUUGGUUUUGUCAACCACUAAAGGAUGUAUUUAUGAAGACUUCUACACGUGGUUUAAAUAGGGGUAUCAGAGUGUCAUUUUAUCACUUGUUAGGCGGACUCGUAACAAAAAAGGUUAACUUUUAGUGGAAUUUAUAUAUUUUUUUGAAAGACUCAAUUGUGAAUUUACGUGAGCCAUAUUUUAGUUAAUUAGUCAGUACAAAUAAAAUAUUUGGAGCAAAAAUAAGCGGAUAUACUUUAUACGUGUUAAGUUAAACCUAAAAUUAAUAUCGUUGACAAUUACAAUUAUAAAUAUAGAAAAUUUAUUUAGCGUGUCAAGUCAGUAAAAAUGAGUUCUAUGGACAUGCCGGACGAUUUGUCGCCUGGUGGAAGCCUCUCCGACAGAGACUCGGAUAUGUCCAAGCACUGUGGUGACCACGUCAAGCGACCAAUGAACGCUUUCAUGGUUUGGUCUAGGGGUCAAAGACGCAAGAUGGCACAAGAAAACCCGAAGAUGCAUAAUUCAGAAAUCAGUAAGCGUCUUGGUGCUGACUGGAAAUUACUAACAGAGGAAGAAAAACGACCAUUUAUUGAUGAAGCUAAACGACUCAGGGCAUUACACAUGAAAGAACAUCCUGAUUACAAAUACAGACCACGUAGAAAACCGAAAUCUCUAAUGAAGAAAGACAAAUACGCAUUUCCAUUACCUCUAGUUCCCGGCUUCAAUCCAUUUAAUGGACUGCAUCCCACAUAUCCAACUUUCUCAACAAACCAAGCAGAAAAUGCAAUGAACCAGGCUAUAUUGAACGAGAAAAUGCGAGCAUUUCAACCUCCUACCAGUAUACCUACAAGUUUAUCAUCACACCCGUUACUCUCUCAUUUGGAAAACAGCAGCAAACUUGACACUUCUAGUUUACCUUUGCGGACAUCUUUAUCAGAACAUAUGUCGUCACAAAUGACGUCAUCGUUAUACUCUCAAUAUCUUCAGGCGCAGAGCGCAGCGUUAAGUUCACUUCCUGCGCCUGCGCACACAGGACAUCCUGGACAAUAUAUUGUGCCAUGCUGCCCGCCGUCUUACCUACCAUCAAGUAGUGACGUUCAUCGGCCUCUAGCUUAUGUUCUGGUCAAACCGGAAGAUCAUUAUCGGCACCCGGCUGUACUAUAGUGCUCAAACUGAUUUUGUAUACAGUCAUUGUGUAACAAUAAUGUUGUGUUUGGUGACGAAAUCCCUCUUUUUUACGAGAUUAAUCGUGUGAUCUCCAUACUGUGCUUUUGGUGUGCUUUAUAUGAGUGUUAUGACUAAUUGGUCACAAAAAUGUGCUUGACUUUAAAAUAGAUUUAUAUAUAUAUAGUUCAGAUAUGAUAAAUGUGCUGUACUCAUUAAUGUUUCAUAUAUUCGAAAUUGGUGCAUUUAAAUGUAAGUAGUUCUUAAAUGGUACAACUGUAUACGUUUUUUUUAUCAUACAUGGUUAUUUAAUUUUUUGUCCGUUUGUUAUGUCUAAAUUCAAAUGAAACUCCUUGAAAUCACUUUCAAACUAAAUAUAAUUAUUGGAUCGGUUCUCUACAGUAAACACAUUUCUUCAGAAAGGAAAUUUUUGUUUACAUGUUGUUUUUCAAUAGAAAUAGUUAAAUACAAUAUUAUUCAUUAUAAA